GGUACGGGAGGGAGGGAGGGGGGCUGACUCGCUCGGGCAGCAUUCAGACACAGCGAAAGGAUCAUGGCGGAUGGCCCCAGGUGUAAGCGCAGAAAACAGGCGAACCCGAGGAGGAAUAACGUAACGAAUUACAACAACGUUGUGGAGGCCCAGUCAGAUUCUGACGAUGAGGACAAGCUACACAUAGUGGAGGAAGACCCUGAUGGAGACAACACUGUGCCAGAAGACACCUCCGCAGUAUUAUCCCAGAACGGGACGGAGACGCACCAAGACACCUGGGAUGGAGUGAAGGAGGAGUGUGGCUCAGAAGAGGAGGAUGAGGAGGAGGAGGAGGAAGAGGAGGGGGGUAAGGAGAUGAUCCAGCAGGGAGACACGGCGGUCAUCUACCCCAAGGCUCCGGGCGGCAAACAGAAAAGCGCGUCUGAGAGAGGGGUCUCAGAGAAGACCGGCACGCCAGACACCCUCUCCCAGCUCCUGACUUGUCCCUACUGCUCGCGAGGCUACAAGCGCUGCACGGCCCUGAAGGACCACAUCAAGCUACGUCACGAGAAGAGCGAGGACAACUUCAGCUGCUCCCAGUGCAGCUACACCUUCACCUACCGGACACAACUGGACUGUCAUAUGACCCAACACAAGAACCAACACAAGGAUCCUGUACAGCGUCAUGUACCCCAGACCACCACCACAACAAUAACAACAGGGGGGAACAGGAAGUUCAAGUGUACUGAGUGUUCCAAGGCUUUUAAAUAUAAGCACCACCUGAAGGAGCAUCUUCGCAUCCACAGCGGUGAGAAGCCAUACGAGUGCCCCAACUGUAAGAAGAGGUUUUCCCACUCAGGGUCCUACAGUUCCCACAUCAGCAGUAAGAAGUGUGUUGGCAUGGUGCCUGUCAACGGCAACCCCAGCCCAGUCAUUAAGGUCUCCAACCAGACCCCCAGCCAGACCCAGCCCUCUGGCCCCGCCGCAGCCCCAGUCCGAGUGCUCCUCCGGGGGGAGAAGACAGACAGCAAGCCCCUGCAGGAGCAGCUCCCCCACACUCAGAUUAAAUCUGAACCUGUGGAUUAUGAGUUCAAGCCGGUGGUGGUGGCGCCUAACGGGGCGGUGGGGACGAAUGGGACGGUUUUUAAUGGUGGCGUGGCGCUACCCCAGGGCACGGCGCUGCCUCAGGGCAUGGUCCAGGCGGUGGUACUGCCCACCAUGGGUCUGAUGUCUCCUAUCACUAUUAACCUCAGCGACCUGCAGAACAUGCUCAAGGUGGCCUUGGAUGGAAACGUGCUGCGUCAGGUGUUGGGGACGGCCAACGGGCUGGUGACCUCCAAGCAGGGGUUUGUGACACAGGCUGGCCAGCAGGUAAUCUCAGCCAUCAGCCUGCCUGGCUUCGUGGACCAGGACGGUACCACCAAGAUCAUCAUUAACUACAGCCUGGAGCCAAGCCCAGCCCAGCAGCCCAACGCCCCUCAGCUCCUCAAGCAGGAGGCUCCCCCUCCCACCACCAACACCAACACCGCCAGCGCCACAAACACACAGCCCGCCUCCAAAGUAACAGAGAACCUCCCCCAGGACCUCCACAUCAACAAGACCGAGCCGGACGACUCGGAGCACGAGUCAGAGAUGGAGACGGAGGAGACAGAGACUGAAGCUGAGACACCAAAGGCCCAGACAGGCAAGACAAGGUGUCUACUGUGUGACAACUGUCCUGGUGAUUUGGAUGCACUGCACAUGCUCCAGCAUUGUAAACCUGCCAACGGGGAUGGAGGUGACAGCGCCACCCUCGACCCCUCCAUCGCCGCCCUCCUGGCCGAGGCAGGGAUAACACCAGGCCAGCAUCCUCUAAAGAAUCUGCUCUCACUCCUCAAGGCCUACUUCGCCUUAAACGCCGAGCCCACCGAGGAAGAGCUGGCCAAGAUCUCUGACAAUGUCAGCCUGCCCGUGGACGUGGUCAAGAAGUGGUUUGAGAAAAUGCGGUCAGGUCAGAUCACGGUCGGACCCCCUGGUUCCUCUCCAGAUGACUCUGGACUUUCAGAUUCCAGCACAGAGACCCAGCUAGACCAAGAGAAGAGUGGGACAGAGAUAGAGGAGCAGCAUGCCUCAGCCAAAACACAGGAGACAUCAUCUUCCCAACCUGCCAACAGUUCCCCUGCCUCGACGUCCCCCUCUGUCUCAGCCUCGGCCCCCUCACCACUAAACCUCUCCUCUAGCGGGCUGGUCAUCGUGAAGACUGAGGUCGACUCUGAGCGCGAGGCUCAAGAUCUUCCCCUGGACCUGUCCCUUCCCAAGCAGCCCCAGUCACAGCCCCAGGUCCCCCAUGUUCCACAGGAGCAGCCCCUCAACCUCACCUGCCUGAAGGAGACAGUCCAGGCCCAGCUCCCAGGACUCCAGGGAACCACCAACACCAUCUACGUCACCUCCUCCCCCCAAACGACCAUCCCCAGCCCGGUGAACAUAAUGACCACCCGGCUAGUAGCCAUCACCAACCAGGGCAGCGGUGUGCCCUGCCUCAGGGCCAUCUCCACCGGCACCACCAAACGGACCAUCCUCAUCCCCCAGCUCACCUACACAUACACCACUACAGCAUGCAGCGGCACCACUGGGGCCGACGGAGCCCAGAAGACCGUCAGAAUCAACGGCUGCCAGGAGGAGAAGUCUGCCACCAGCUCAGAGGGUGUGGCGACGGUAGAGGAGCAGGAUAACUCAGACUCUUCCCCUCCGCUGAAGAAGAUGCGUCGGCUGCAGAGCGGGAUGUACUCUUGUGACCUGUGUGACAAGAUCUUCCAGAAGAGCAGCUCCCUGCUCAGGCAUAAAUACGAACACACAGGAAAACGGCCACAUGAGUGCGGCAUCUGCGACAAAGCCUUCAAACACAAGCACCACUUGAUAGAACACACGCGACUGCACUCCGGAGAGAAGCCCUACCGCUGUGACAAAUGUGGCAAGUGUUUCUCCCACUCUGGCUCCUACAGCCAGCACAUGAACCACCGAUACUCCUACUGCAAGAAGGAGCCCCAGGGAGGGCGGCAGGGGGGACGUCAGCUCGGGAUGAGCCCCGAAAGGAGUCCUCAAACAGAAGAGCAGCAGUCAGACAGCCGACCCACCUCCCCACCUUCCCAACUGGACUCAGACGAGAGGGAGAGUGAGGAGGAGCUGGAAGAAGAGGAGGGCAUGGCGGCCAUGAGCAUGGACGACAUACGGGUGGUGCAAGUGGGUGAGGAUGACGAGGAGAGUGAGAUCUACGAGGUGGAGGAGUUUGAGGAGGAGAGGCAAGAGGAGGAGGAAGGGAGCAGAGAGGAAGAGGAGGAGGAGGAAGAGAUCAGAGAGGAGGACCCAGAGAUGCAUGUUGAUCACAUCUCCUACCUCCAGCAGCAGUGA